AUGUCCUCUCCGUGUACGCCCCAGCGCAAGAUUAUCGGGGAGCUACUUCUCGUAUCGCCAAUAGCGGUCGGUGGCUUGGGCCUCUCUUCCUCGAGAAGACGCCAAAUCACGCCCACGGCCGAAAAAAUAUCGCCAAACCGGUUCGCAAUCAUCACCAGGCCAGGAGCAGUGAGCCCCGUGGUUAACACCAUUGAUCGCUCUACGCUUCCGAAUCCACUCAGAUGGCCCAUUCAGUCCGAACAGGCUUCUAUCGAAAAUCGGUGCACUCUCUACGAAGACUUCCCAAACCCGCUCUUCCAGGCUUGGUCAGCACCGGUUCAACAAGAGUCAUCAAUGCCACGCCACCUUGCUUUGCCAUUCGACCUUCGGGACGAGAAAGAUGCCCUCUAUGACUCCAAAAAGCGGGACUUUCUGCUUAAUAUCUUCCCAGGAACGACUGGUGUUUCGAUCGACGGGUUCUUCCUAUGCCUCCAGCAAUCCUCCCUACCGCCGAAGCCUUGGCCUUUGACCGUUGCCGGACUUCCGCUCUACCUCACGACGGAGCUCGGCCAGACUCCCAUGCCAAAAGCAAAGCCUGCCUAUUGGAAGAACGGCUCCAUCGCUGAAGACCGAAAUGGCCGAGAUAUGGAGGAUUGGGAGCCGCUCUUCCACAUCAUCAAGGACCAUUUCCGCGACAUUGGUGUCUCAAUUACGGAGGUCAUAUACUUUUUUGACCACGUCUACAUCGUGUUGGAGCAUAGGGAUACUGAUCACACAAAAUUGCCGCACUUAGCUGCAAAAAUCAUCUGUUUCUACAUGUUCGAAGAUGAGAUGGGGAGACCCUCGACACCACAUGUUCGCCGCCUUCACGACCCUGCUCCGGGGAAUCCGGACCUCAGCCAAUACGAUACUCUGCAGCCAGGGUUGCGUGUAUCAUCUGCCUACCUGCCGGACUGCCCUAACACGUUUCUUGCGACCACAACUGGCGUCCUUCUCAAGGAUAAAGUGGGCAACGAGUUCAUGACUGCGGCCGCGCAUGGAUUCCCAGGCGGCAAAUCUGGCACGUCGGUCUGGCACCCUUUCCCUGGCACCGGUCGCGAUAUUGGUGAGCUCUGUAUGGAAGUGUCGCACACGGACAUUGCACUUAUUAGGCUGCACGACAACGAAAAGUUCUCCAACAUUACCUUCCAGAGUGACUCGAUCCCGGCACCUAUUCAGCUCAAGAAGUUCGUUGGAUCCAGAGAAUGUCUACGCAGAAGCAUCAUGUGCCUAGAUUCUCCUGACACCGGCUUCAUUGAAGGCUUUUACCAGGCUCCAGCAUACCAGGCAAUCCCUAGUGACGACGGUUCACCAACGCAGAAUUGGGUCUUCACAAAAUGGUAUUACUUGGGCCAAGACUCAGGAAUCAACCUCCCUCAAGGAAUGUGCGGCAGCGCUAUGUGGGACCAAGACGGAAAUGUCCUGGGACUCUUCAGGUACGCUCCACAAGAAGGAGCCAUGAAGGAUUGGUGCACCGGAAUCGCUGCUGACGAGCUCAUUAACCGAGGAUUUUCGCUCGUCGAUACGAGUGAUAGAACAUAA